AUUAGACAGCGGAAGAUCACCAAGAAAGGGCUCUCUCUAAACAUUCUCUUGAUUGGAGAAAACGGAAUUGGAAAGAGAACCUUUGCCAAUACCUUAUCAAACACAGUCUUUUUUCCAGAAGAGAUAUACCUUGAAGAAGAUGUAGUCAAAAGAAUUGAAGUUGAUACAAUGGAAGAUCUCAAAAUAGAAACUCAUAUAAUUGAACAAAACUCAACACCCAUUAAGUUGAACAUUGGUUUGACCAAGAAUUUUGGACAUAACAUCGACAAUUCUGGAAGUUACAGGGUGAUUCUUGACCACAUUUUAGAAGAAUAUGAAACUUUUCUUUCGGAAGAAAGCAAGAUUAACCGUAACCCAUAUCUAACAGACAAGAGAAUCCACGUUGGGUUGUACUUUUUAAGAGCAACAAGCAGAGAGCUCAAUGAAUUUGACAUACAGAAUAUGAAACAAAUCGGCGACAGAAUUAACCUAAUUCCAGUAAUUAGCAAAGCUGACACAUUGACACAAGAAGAAUUAGAGUACAAUAAGUACCUCAUCAGGAAGUCUAUUGCCGAUCAUAAUAUCCCAGUUUUCAAUUUCUUGAAAGACGUUAACGAGCAAUUAGCUUCAGAAGAAUUAGAAGACUACCAAUAUAUAAAGGAAGUCGAUAAGGCGGUUCCCUUUGGAAUUAUCAGUAGCAACAUCGUCAUCGAAGGUCAAAGAGUUAGAGUUACUACUUGGGGAAGAGUCAAUAUUGAAGACGAAAACAAUUGUGAUUGUAAGCUUCUUCGUAAUGUACUUCUAGGGUCACAUCUUCAAGACUUCAAAGAUGCCACAAUCAGCACAAAGUAUGAAGCGUAUAGAGUCGAGCAAUUGAUGAAACAAUUCCAAGACAGCCAAAACAACUUUCCCCGUAAAUGA